GGCUUCAAUCGUGUGCUUCCAAACAUCACGAUAGUAUUUGAACCAUUAUGCUCUGGACACUCUGCUCGCCUCUGACGACUUCUUUUUCCUUUCCACCUUCUAAAGCAGUUCGAAUUGACGAACCGGCAGGAUGAAGUCCGAUGUUCUCCUACGGGCAGCCAUUACUAUUACACUCACUCCUCUAUCAUUCGCAUUGGAUCCAAUCGUUGACCUUGGAUACUCGACCUACCGCGGCCUGGAUGUGGGUGAUGGCACUACGCAAUGGCUUGGGAUGAGAUAUGCGGCCCCUCCGCUGGGCGAGCUGCGUUUUGCGGCGCCGCAGGAUCCGCUUCCGACGGAGGGAGUGCUGGAUGCUACGAAGUUUGGCAAUAUCUGCCUCGCGAAGAAUCCGGAGGAUUGGAGCAUGAAGCCGAAUCCGCGGUUUACACCAGGCGAGGAUUGCCUAUUUCUGAACGUUUUUGCACCGAGCGGGGCGCAGGAGGGGGGAAAGUUGCCGGUUAUGUUCUUCAUCCAGGGUGGCGGGUUUGGCAGUAAUUCGAAUGCGAAUUACAAUGCUAGUGACCUCGCGAGGGAAGGUAACAUGGUCGUGGUGUCGAUCAACUAUAGAGUUGGCCCGUAUGGUUUUUUACAGGCAAAAGAGGUCAUGGAGGAGGGCAGUCUGAAUAAUGGAAUCCAAGAUCAGAUUAAGGCGUUGGAGUGGGUGAGGGAUUAUAUUGAGAAGUUUGGUGGUGACCCCGAUCAUGUCGUUCUUGAUGGCGACUCGGCUGGUGCAACCUCCAUUGUCCUGCUCCUGACGUCCCCAAAGAUGAAGGGAGCAGGACUUUUCGUGGGCGCCAUCGCCGAAUCCGCAUCUGAACCCACCCUUCGAACUCUCUCCGAAGGCCAGGAACAGUACAACUGCCUUCUCAACGCGACAGGCUGCUCCCCCACUUCCAACCACACCUCCUCGCUAGCUUGCCUGAGGAGCCUGAACGCGACAAAGCUGCAGACCACAAGCUGCUGGUUCAAUCCGCAUCUCGACGACGACCUCAUUCCUCAGACAACCAUGGAAGCCUUCGAGAAGGGCGAUUAUCUCAAAGUGCCGACAAUCUUUGGAAGUACUGUUGACGAGGGCACCAAGAAUGCGCCGCAGACGGUCGCCACGCUGGGAGAUUACCAUGCCUUUCUGCUGAACCAGUGUUCUUCCCUAUCGAACCAAUCGCUGCAGGUACUGGAUCAGAUGUACGUGCUGAACCAGAGCGGCCCUGAAUUUCCGAACAGCGGCAAGCUGUGGCGCCAGGCCAGCAACGCAAUCGGCGACUUCCGCGCCCACUGCGUCGACAACUUUUACCAGUCGCUCAUCGCCAAGGACGGAGGCAGGACGUGGACGUAUCGAUACGGAGUCAAGGAUCCGGGGCUGGAAGCGCAGGGGUUUGGUGCGUAUCAUACGAUUGAGUUGUAUGCGGUUUGGGGGCCUAAUAAUACGGAUGGGAAUCCGCCCAAGUCGUACUUGCCCGGGAAGACGAAUGAGGGGAUUGUGAGUCUUGUGAGGGCGUACUGGGCAAGUUUUGUGAGGCAUUUGGAUCCGAAUGUUGGGAGGGCAGAGGGAGCGCCACGGUGGGAGGAUAGGGGCCUGGAGGGUGAGAGGAUGUUUAUUGGGGGUGGGAAUGCGACGAGGAUGGAGAGGAUUGAUAGCGGGGAGGAAGGGAGGUGUGGCGUGCUGGAGCCGAUGUUACGAGGGCUGGAGAGGGGCUGUCCCGCCGGAGUAGAGGUGGAGAUGGAGUUUCACGUGAGGGGUAGUGCGCGAGCGCGGUGUUGAGGGGAGCCUCUCAUGGCGUGGAAUUCCCCGAAAAUAACCACGCACGUAAUAGCCAACCUAGCCGUCUUCGUAGGUGCGUACAAUGGCACGUAUAGUCAGAUGUACGGCGAGCCAUUAGUUCCAGAGGAUUC